AUGGAGAACAAGAAGACAGAGGACUGCUACUUUUUCCUCAAUGGUUACUGCAGCAAGGGGGUGAAGGAUCGUCCCAUCUGCACUAAUUGGUUGCUCGAGAAAUGCAACGACCCCGACUGCACCGACCGGCACCCCACUCUCCCGCGCCAGAAGGACGGUUCGCGCACGUUGUGCUUCUACAACCAAGCCUGCACGAGGCCCGAUUGCCCUUUCUUCCACGUGGGCACCACUGCGUCGCCCGCCACGCCCCGACCCGACCAGGAGUCAGAGCUCACGGCCGGACUCACACCGCGUGAGGCCAGCAAGACCACCUCCAUCACCACCAGCCCCACUGCGACCAUCUCGCCGGUCAUGAAGACUGCAGCGGGCGCACGGCUCGCUUCGGGACCCGUCAGACCACCUCGCAAGAGGGGCACGGCCUUGCCAGAUCUGCCCCCUCGAGAUCGGGUAACGGCUGUUGGAGAGACCGGCAACGGAGCGAAGGACAGCGCCGCGGCGCCCAAGCAGAGCUUCGUCAAGUCCUUCGAGGAGAUCUUGAAGGAGAAGGAGGACCAGGAGAAGGGCAUCAAGCCCUCCGAACCGAGGCAGUCCCGGACCGAGGCCGUCGACAAUGUCCGCAACAAGCGAGCCCCAGCGACGCAACAGCAGCAGCAGCCCGAGAAGGCCCGGCCAGCCAGGUCGGAGCGACCCCAGCUGCCGCAGAUGAGCUCCCAGCGAACAUCGACCAACGACCAGGCGCCGAGAGGCGGCGAGGCCAACGGCAGGCAGCGACCAGCUCGCCAGCAGAAGAACUCUGCAGGCUCCCCAUCCCAGGCCCCCGCGGCGAGACCCAGCUUCGGGGUGAAGAGUCUCGACGAGCUCAUGCGCGAGGGAGCGAUUAAGCAGGCAACAGCAAGUGCUGCUGGUGCCAAGGAAGGAGGCGUCAAGCGUCCCCGAGAGGAGAGCGCCGCCACGACCAAGGCCCUGCCGCAGCCGCAGCAGAAGCAGCAGAAACCCGAGCCGGUCGCGAGCACCAACGAAGACGAUGACUUCGAGAAGGAGCUGGAGGAGAUCGGCAUCGACGACAUCAACGGCGCCGCCGAGCCUUUCGACGAUGCCGAACUCGACGAGCUUCUCGCCGAGUGA